AUGUCUCGCCGAUCACUGACUCUCUUGAAGAAUCUAGCUAGAAACGCAAACGGGUCAAGUAUCCAGACCCGAUCCGUGACUUACAUGCCCAGACCCGGCGAUGGAGCACCACGAGCUGUGACGUUGAUUCCCGGCGAUGGGAUCGGUCCUUUGGUUACAAACGCCGUCGAGCAAGUGAUGGAAGCGAUGCACGCGCCGAUCUACUUCGAGAAGUACGACGUUCACGGUGAAAUGAGCCGUGUGCCAACGGAAGUGAUGGAUUCGAUACGGAAGAAUAAGGUUUGUUUGAAAGGUGGGCUUAAGACUCCUGUUGGUGGUGGUGUGAGCUCGCUUAACGUGCAGCUUAGGAAAGAGCUUGACUUGUUUGCUUCUCUGGUCAAUUGUUUUAACUUGCCUGGUUUACCUACUCGCCAUGAAAACGUUGACAUCGUUGUGAUUAGAGAGAACACUGAAGGCGAGUAUGCUGGGCUUGAACAUGAAGUUGUUCCUGGUGUUGUUGAGAGUCUUAAGGUGAUCACGAAGUUCUGUUCGGAGCGUAUUGCAAAGUAUGCUUUUGAGUAUGCAUACCUGAACAACAGGAAGAAAGUUACAGCGGUGCACAAGGCGAACAUCAUGAAACUUGCAGAUGGUUUGUUCUUGGAAUCUUGUCGAGAAGUUGCUAAAAAGUAUCCAAGCAUCACCUACAAUGAAAUCAUUGUUGAUAACUGCUGCAUGCAACUUGUAGCGAAACCAGAGCAAUUCGAUGUCAUGGUAACACCCAAUCUCUACGGUAACCUAGUUGCGAACACUGCUGCUGGUAUCGCUGGAGGUACAGGAGUCAUGCCUGGAGGAAAUGUUGGGGCUGACCAUGCGGUCUUUGAGCAAGGUGCUUCAGCAGGAAAUGUAGGUAAAGACAAGAUCGUACAGGAAAACAAAGCAAACCCAGUGGCUUUGCUUCUCUCAUCAGCUAUGAUGCUUAGACACCUUCAGUUUCCGUCAUUUGCUGACCGGCUUGAAACAGCAGUGAAAAGAGUCAUUGCUGAAGGAAAGUGUCGGACUAAAGAUCUUGGUGGAAAAAGCACGACUCAAGAGGUUGUCGAUGCGGUCGUUGCAAAUCUAGAGUGA